GGCCUCCGAGCUCCGCGCAGCUGCGGGAUUGCAGGCGCGGCGUGUGCCGCCCUGCUCGGCCCUGGCUCUUGCCCGUCCUGUGGGCCCGGCCGCCCCUCCCCGAGCUCGAGGGACCGGUUUGGGACCGGAGCGCAAGGCAGGCCCAGGGGCUGCGCCUCCCCUCCCCGGUGUCCCAGGCCGGCCGUCCCACCGCGCGGGGCGGCUGCGUCAUUGCCCAAGUGGCCUGGCGCCCCAGGAAGGCUGGCUGCAGGCUCCUGGUGCCCCUCUGUGCCGUCGGGCCUCCCGUGGAGCACAGCGUGGGGUCCCAGCCGCGGGCUGGCAUCGCUCAUCUGCAGUGGCUGAGACCCCAUGUUCAGAGGGGUCGUGUCUCUCCCACAGCCUGGGUGUCAGCCAGCCUGUGUCCUGAGAACGGGCCAGCAUGCCCAAGAUAACCCUGAACGGCGUGGCCGUGGAUUUCCCAUUCGAGCCCUACAAAUGCCAGGAGGAGUACAUGAGCAAGAGAGUAAAUGGCAUCCUGGAGAGCCCCACCGGCACGGGGAAGACGUUGUGCCUCCUCUGCAGCACGCUGGCCUGGCGGGAGCACCUCCGUGACGCCAUCUCUGCCCACAAGAUUGCUGAGAGGGUGCAAGGGGAGCUUUUCCUUGAUCGCACCUUGUCAUCCUGGGGAGAUGCCGCUGCAGAUGCCGGCGCAGCUUGCUACGCGGACAUCCCAAAGAUCAUUUAUGCCUCCAGGACCCACUCACAGCUCACUCAGGUCAUCCGCGAGCUGCGGAACACCUCCUACCGGUGCACACGCGGGUCACGUGUUGAGGUGCUCCGCGGUGGCCCCACAGCUCACGCUUGUGCUGCUGGAUGGCACCAGGGCUGGUGCUCUGGUUCCUGGGCCCACGCUCUCCCUCCCGCCAGGCCGAGGGUGUGUGUGCUGGGCUCUCGGGAGCAGCUGUGUAUCCACCCCGAGGUGAAGAAGCAGGAGAGCAACCACAUGCAGAUCCACCUGUGCCGAAAGAAGGUAGCAAGUCGUUCGUGUCAUUUCUACAACAACGUAGAAGAGAAGAGCCUGGAGCAGGAGCUGGCUACCCCCAUCCUGGACAUCGAGGACCUGGUCAAAAGCGGGAACAAGCACAAGCUGUGCCCCUACUACCUUUCUCGGAACCUGAAGCAGCAGGCUGACAUUAUCUUUAUGCCUUACAACUACUUGUUGGACACCAAGAGUCGCCGGGCACACAGCAUCGACCUGAAGGGGACGGUCGUGAUUUUCGACGAAGCUCACAACGUGGAGAAGAUGUGCGAGGAGACGGCAUCCUUCGACCUGACCCCGCAUGACGUGGCGUCUGGGCUGGACGUCCUAGACCAGGUUUUGGAGGAGCAGACCAAGGCGGCACAGCAGGACGAGCUCCGCUCGGAGUUCAGUGCUGACUCUGUCAACUCAGGGCUGCACAUGGAGCUGGAAGACCUCGCAAAGCUCAAGAUGAUCCUGCUGCGCCUGGAGGCGGCCAUCGAUGCUGUCGAGCUGCCUGGGGACCACAGCGGCGUCACCAAGCCAGGGAGCUACAUCUUCGAGCUGUUCGCGGAGGCCCAGAUAACGUUUCAGACCAAAGGCUGCAUCCUCGACUCCCUGGACCAGAUCAUUCAGCACCUGGCAGGACGCACGGGGCUGUUCAGCAACACAGCAGGCUUGCAGAAGCUGUCGGACAUCAUCCAGAUCGUGUUCAGUGCAGACCCUGCCGAGGGCACGCCCGGCUCCUUGGGGGGGCCUGGGGCCUGUCAGUCCUACAAGGUUCACAUCCACCCUGAUGCUGGUCACCACAGGAAGGGUCCUCGGUCGGAUGCCUGGAGCAGCACGGCUGCCAGAAAGCCAGAGCUGAGGCUGCUCGUGACACGAGGAUGGGUCUGUGCUGGGCCCCCUGUGGCUUUUGGUGUGAAGCUGGCCUGCCCUGGCCGAGGGAAGGUGCUGAGCUACUGGUGCUUCAGCCCCGGCCACAGCAUGCGGCAGCUGGUGCAGCAGGGCGUCCGCACCGUCAUCCUCACCAGCGGCACGCUGGCCCCCGUGUCCUCCUUUGCCCUGGAGAUGCAGAUCCCUUUCCCAGUCUGCCUGGAGAACCCACACGUCAUCCACCAGCAGCAGAUCUGGGUGGGCAUCGUCUCCAGAGGCCCCGACGGAGCCCAGCUGAGCUCUGCCUUUGACAAGCGGUUUUCGGAGGCGUGCCUGUCCUCCCUGGGUAAGGCGCUAGGCAACAUCGCCCGCGUGGUCCCCCACGGGCUCCUGGUCUUCUUCCCGUCCUACCCCGUCCUGGAGAGGAGCCUGCAGUUCUGGCGGACCCACGACUCGGCCGGGAAGCUGGAGGCGCUGAAGCCCGUGUUCGUGGAGCCGCGGAACAAAGGCGGCUUCUCCGAGGUGGUGGACGCCUACUACGCACGAGUCGCCUGUCCCGGCUCCACUGGGGCCACUUUCCUGGCCGUGUGCCGGGGGAAGGCCAGCGAGGGGCUGGACUUCGCAGACAUGAAUGGCCGAGGUGUGAUCAUCACGGGCCUGCCGUACCCCCCACGCAUGGACCCCCGGGUUGUCCUCAAGAUGCAGUUCCUAGACGAGAUAAAGAACCACAGGGGCCCAGGGGGCCAGCUCCUCUCCGGGCACGAGUGGUACCGGCAGCAGGCGUCCAGAGCUGUGAACCAGGCCAUCGGGCGGGUGAUCCGUCAUCGCCAUGACUACGGGGCCAUCUUCCUCUGUGACCACAGGUUCGCCCACGUGGACGCCAGGGCCCAGCUGCCCUCCUGGGUGCGCCCCCACGUCAGGGUGUACGACAACUUCGGCCCUGUCAUCCGCGACGUGGCCCAGUUCUUCCGCGUGGCUCAGAACACUAUGCCUGUGCCCGCCCCCCUGCUUGCUGCCCCAAGUUUGGGUGAGGGAGCCGCUGCUGCCGUGGUGGCCGCGUUGCCUGGGCCCCUCUCCACCAGGAAGGCCAAGAGUCUGGACGUGCACGUCCCCAGCCUGAGGCGGACACCCACGGGGUCGCCGGCUGCCAGGGACACCGAGAGCAGCCUGUGUGUGGAGUAUGAGCAGGAGCUGGGCCUCGCCCCGCGGAGGCCUGUGGGACUGCUGGCCGCCCUAGAACACAGCGAGCAGCUGGCCGGGGGGCCUGGGGACAAGGCCCCCCCCGGGGAGGAGCAGGCACUACACCUCCCCACCUCGUCCGUCCCACGUGAGAAGAGGGCGGCCCAGGAGCAGAGAGCGGGGCGGAGGAAGAUCAGGGUGCUGGGUGACCGUCAGGAGGGGCCGGCAGCCGAGACGCAGGCGGGCAGGGCCAAGCUGUACAUGGUGGCCGUGAAGCAGGCGCUGAGCCAGGCCAGCUUUGACACCUUCACCAGGGCCCUGCAGGACUACAAGGGCUCCGACGACUUCGAGGCGCUGCUGGCCUGCCUCGGCCCUCUCUUUGCCGAGGACCCCAAGAAGCACGGCCUGCUCCAAGGCUUCUACCAGUUUGUGCGGCCACACCACAAGCAGCGGUUCGAGGAGGCCUGCGUGCAGCGGACAGGCCGCAGCUGCGGCUACCAGCCCGAGCACAGUCUUCCGCAGCGGCGGGCGGCGGCCCCGGCCCCCAGGGGAAGCAGGGAGUGUGACUUAAAGCUGACCCUGUCCCAGGGGGUGGCCAGGCAGCUGGACCCCGGGCAGCACCUGAACCAGGGCGGACCACACCUGCUCUCCGGGCCGGCGCCUGCAGGAGACCCCAGCAGCCGGCCCGGGGAGGAGCCGAGAGACACCGCCGCACAGAGGCAAGGCCCGCCUGCCGCCAGCGCCUACUUGGCCGACGUCCGCACGGCCCUGGGGUCCGCGGGCUGCAGCCAGCUCCUGGCCGCCCUCACUGCCUACAAGCGGGACGAUGACUUGGAGAAGGUGGUGGCUGUGGUGGCCGCGCUCACCACGUCGAGGCCUGAGGACUUUCCGCUGCUGCAGAGGUUCAGCAUGUUCUUGAGACCUCACCACAAGCAGCGUUUCCGGCAGACGUGCGCAGACCUGAUGGGCCCGGCUGCCCCAAGCACAGGGGCUGCCCCAAGCACAGGGCCCGGGUCAGGCCCCCAGGAGGGGGCCCCCACCACGCCGCUGGACCUCACCCCUCCAGGCGCCCCCCAGCAAGAGAAGCCGGAGACCACCCAGAGCAAGAUCUCUGCUUUCUUCCCACCGAGGCCCGUCGGGGACGUGGGGGCUCCCAGGCAGCCCCCCAGCGCCCCGCGCAGGCACGCACAGCCCGAGUGGGCAGGCUUGGCGUGCCAGGGCUGCGGGCUGGAGGACACGGUCCCUUUCCAGUGCCCUGCCUGCGACUUCCACCGCUGCUGGGCCUGCUGGCGCCGGCUCCUCCAGGCCUCUAGGACCUGCCCGGCCUGCCACGCCCCCGCCAGGAAGCAGAGCAUCGCGCAGGUGUUCUGGCCAGAGCCCCGGUGAGCACGCAGACCCCGGGGCAGGUGGACGAUUCCAGGACACACAGCCCGGACAUGCGCUCUUCACGGGGUGUGGGCCUGCCCGGAAGGCCCCAAGCCGCCUCGGGGUCGGGGUGGCUGUCCGCGGAGAGGUGCAGGUUGGGAAGCCCCCUUGGCUGCUGACUGUGGGUGGAGCCCCGAGACCAGGACUGGAAGGUGGGGCACCCCGGUGCCCUGCCCUCUGGACCCCGUGGGGGCCCUGGACCUGCUUUUAAUCAGGUGACCGGCCGCGUAAUAAAGUUGCUGACACUGUC